GUCGCUUUGAAGGACGUGGAAAACAGUCAUUGGAUACUUUGUGUUUUGGACAUGAAGAAGAAGUUCACAUCAUAUUGGGACUCUAUGAAGACCGGACAUUCGAAAAUGCACAGGAUCCAUUUGCUUAGCGGAAUGUUGAAUAAGCUAGAUGACUUGCUACUGUCGUCGAUGGAUGAUGUAUACGUAGGUCGACUGGUGUUCAAAGUUUUUGGUAUAGUCCCCGCUCCACCACUACCCCAGCAGGAUAACGGCCAUGAUUGUGGUAUUUUCGUCAUGCACUAUAUGGAGUGCAUUGUAUUUGGACAAUCUCCUCGCACCACCUACAAGGUUGACCAUAGUGAAAGAUUCCGGUUAGCAGUAAAUAUUCUUACAUCUGAGUCAAACAGGCUGUGUUGGAAGGCCGCACGAGAUGCGGCUGAUUAUUACAACACAUGUUUAAGUGAACGUAGUCCAAGCUUAAAGAAAGGUGUUUGUCUCCCCCAAGUCAUUCACCUUCCAUUUCCAUGCAUUCAGCGAAAAAGGGAAGAGGCCAACCCUGGUCUAACCCUCGUAAGAGAAAGAAAAAGCCAUGAAUGAGUUCCACCUUUCCUCAGUUGUGUCUGGUAGUAGGCGCUGUAGAACUAACAUGUGGGAGUUCGUUUUUUAUACCAAACAUAUUCUACCCCCUCUCACUAAAUUAUUCGUUAGUUUUGUAAAUAUUUUUUGGGAAUCAAUUUAUGUUCAGUGGGGAUGUUUUUGUUCUCCUUGUAUUCCCACAUAUGUGGAAUUAGAAUUCCAAACAGAGGACGAUUUCACUAUGGAAAGUUUUUGUGAUUAAGUGAAAUGAAUGUAUUUUAUGGUGGGGUGG